AGAAAUCGCAGACAUCGAGGAGUGGUCGAGAUUUUCAUUUUCAUAUAUUUACCCUUUUAAACGUUUUUUUUUUUUUCUUCUUUGUCUGGAUCGAUUAUCAUCUAAAAUAUUGGGGAAAAUGCCACAGGAAUGAAAAAAAUACAAUUAAGUGAUAGUUAUCAGGUAGAUAGCCGUGACUUUUUUUUACAGACGCCAAUUUUUUUUAUUGUGACGUAAUUUGUUUAAAAGUUUAAAAUAUGCGAGUGAAUAAUUUUUUAAGUAAUUAAAAAAUAUUAGACAUCAAUGAUUCUAAGUUAAAAAUGACGUUUUGAAUAAUAAAUACGAUUACUUACCUUAUUUUUUAUGGCUAGGUUGAAACAAAAGCGGUUGCGCGACGUCUGUAUACAGGGCUUUCCAGGGUAAAACGGACAAAUUAAAAAUAGUUCAGGGGCUUACUGCGCCAUGAAUCUGUUAUAGCAGCAUAUAGACAUAUUGUUCUAUCAAACACAACAGUUCUGUUGGCCUAAAAUACAGCAGUUUAUUAUAAAGAGGGGUACAAGAGCAGAAACUGCUUUUUCAGCCUUGUCUGUGUUUUCCGCCAUACAUAUAUACAUACAUAUAUGGCAGGACAGUGCUACCUUUACAUACAAAUUUUAAUUCAUUCCAGGACCUGGUUUGUAAGUCAAAAUGGUCGUAUGUCGAGCGGGAUUUUCCUAUAAGAAUACGGUACGUUAUAAUUCGAUUUAUUUGUUCCAAUGCCAAAAAAACUAUGCUAAAUCCUUAAUACAUGCUGCAGGUACAAGUGCAAAUGCCAAUUACUAAUAACAAAAAAAAUUAUAAAUACAAGUCAGAAUAAUAAUGUAAAAAUGUAAUGAACCGGGUUCCAAUGUGGCGGUUGUUUUUUGCAUGCUGUUCCUGAAUGCAAGGUGUGAGAGAGGUGUGCAGAGUGAGAGGUGCGUUGUAUUUUUUCAUGUUAUGUUGCUGUUGGCGUUGGCUAUGGCAGACAGGAGCCGUGUUGUGUUGCACAAGUUCUGAAAAAGAUGAUGAAAAACCUGACAAAGCUGUUGACUUCCUUGCCAACGUUAUUGUAAUAAUAAUGACAGUCGUCCUCCAGAUCAUAGACAUAUUCCGGCUGUAUUGCCGUGCCAAUUGACUAACGCGCACACCACGUUCAUAUUUUUGUAUCAUUUUCUUCAUUUCAAUGGUAAGCAUCACCUUUCUUUUUUCCCCUCCACCUGCACGAACCUUUUUGGGACCCAAGUUAACUUCUCUCACAAGAAAAUCCGUCUUGUGUCCAUCUUGCGAGAAAGUAACGAAAUUGCAACGCUGUCAUAAAUCUUAUUUUGAACAUGUCGAGACUAAUGACAAGUCAAAUUUUACAUCUGAUGUCGAAAGGAUCGUAUGUCGAAGUGAUUGUAUGUCGAGGUACCACUGUAUUUAAUAUAUAACUUUAAAUAGAUCAAUUAAAGGAUCCAUUUGGGGGGAAUCAAAUAUUAAUAUCUAAAAAAAAUAUUAAAUCGCAGAUUAAAAAAUGGCAUGAAUAAGUAAUUCAAAAAUUUCAAAACAGUAUUUUAAAAAAAGAUUAUAUUGAAAAAUAAAAAACCAAUAGACAAACUCAAAUAGGUGUUACUCGUGCGUAUUUUGCUCUUGGAAUUUUAUUUAAUUUUUUAUUUUUUUUAAAAAUCCCUUGUGACUUCACAUGUCUUCACCCCUUGGCUGUUAUUGAUUGAUAUUGAUAUUGAAGCAAUCGAACGAUCACUUCCAGCCCUUCCCAGCUGAAUUGUUUUGGUUUUCUGUUGCUGUCAAUGGGUGUUUUCAAUAUCAGAUUCCCUCUUUUACUACUUUGUGACCUGGCAGUGAAUGAGUUGAGCUAAUAAUUUUUACAUAGCUGUCCACUAUUGUGACCACUCUCCCUGAAAGGGUUAAAAGAAAUUGUUGUCAAUGGCACUGAGCUAAACAAUGAAAUUUAUAAUAAUAAUAACAGUAAAAUAAAUAUUUUUAGGGACCAUAACCAAAGUGUAUUUCUAUGUCUUCAUUUCAUUUAUUUUUUAUUCUAUACAUAUGAUUAAUUAAUGAAAAAUAGAAUUGUCACCUGACAAACAUGUAUCUGGCUAUCACAUUUAAUGUAGUAUAGUACUGUAUUGUGAGUAUAUUACAACUAUGUGGCAAUUACAUUUAGUAGUGUGAAGUACAGUACACACAUACUGCCAUAGUUUGUCGUCAGUGUUUGAAUAAUGCUAGAAAACGCGUUUGUGGUAUGUGUAAUAGUGUCAGUCAGUGACAGUCACGGAUGUUUUUGAGCACAGGUGGUGCGACGAAGUAAGGCCCUGACUGUGACGUCAGUGGCCUCCUCGGCGAGGUUUCUACUUCGGGCAGAGGCAGAGUUGUGUUCAGACCAGCUGUGGUGUGGUGAACGGCGCGUGCGAGUUGAGCGCCAAGCGUCUCCGAAUGGAUUACGAGGCCAAGGUCUUUCCCCACAGCGGCGGCUACGGACGUUACAACCGAACGGUGGUGGCGUUCAGCUGGUUCCCCAGCUUCGCCGUCAUGUUCAACCUGUUCAGCGACAUCUUUUACACCGCCAUCCCGGACGCGUACCACUGCAAACCGGACCCUCGGCUCCUUCCCUCCGCAUUCCUCCUCGCCAACUUCUCCAAGUCGGCUUACCUGAACCUGACCGUCCCUUGGGUCGACGGCACCGGCCCGAGCCGUUGCGAGCUUUACAAGUACCCGCCGAACUCGUCGGACUUUUCUGAACUUGUACCACGGCAGAAGGUGGGCUGCACCGACGGUUGGGAGUACGCUCGGUUGCCGGGGCUCCAGAGCAACUUCGUCACCGAGUGGAACCUGGUCUGCAAUGACUACUGGAAAAUUCCCCUUCAACACAUUUGCUUCAUGACUGGAUGGAUUGUAGGAUACGUCUUCAUCGGCUCAUUGUGCGAUUGGCUCGGUCGUCGAAGGGGUUUUCUCAUGUCUGUUAGUUUGUCGAGUCUGUUUGGUGUGGCUGUGUGUAUGUCCAACAGUGCUGUCGUGUUUCUGCUGCUACGUCUCUCACAGGGCAUCAUGCUAGCUGGGAUCCUUUUAUCUUCAUACGUAGCAAGGUUGGAGCUGUGCGACCCUCCCCAUCGUCUUAUGGUUGCCAUGGUCAGUGGCUUCUUUGCCAUCUUUGCAGAGCUACUGUUGCCAGGUGUUGCUGUUCUGUGUCGCGAUUGGCCGGUUUUGCAGGCUGUUUCCACAUUACCGCUGCUUCUGCUCAUUUCCUAUUGGUGCUGUGCUCCAUUGUUUCCCGAGUCUCCUCGUUGGCUGUUGUCCACAGCUCAGAUCCCUUUGGUGAAAAGGAGCCUGCAGGAAUUCUCCACUCGAAAUGGCGUGUGUUUGCCAGAUGAGCUCUUCCCUGGUGAAAUGUUGCUGUCAGAGAUUGAAUCAGUAUUUGAUGAAGAUUGUGAGCCGAAGUAUUAUUCCAUUUUGGAGCUCCGUCGGACUCGAGUUAUCUGGAAGAACUGCCUCAUCCUUAGCUUCACUCUCUUGAUUGGAACAGGCAUCCAGUACUGCUUCACCAGAAACCUGCACACAUCUUCCAACAACUUCUACUUCAGCUAUUUCGUCAGAAUCGCCACAGGAACUCUGGCUUGCAUCAUCAUCUGCGCCACCGUCAAUCGUUUCGGUCGCCGUGGAAUGCUUCUGUUCUUCGCCAUCAUCACCGGACUGUCUUCGCUGCUUCUUCUGGCACUCGCUCAGUACCUGCAAGGAGGCUUGGUCCUGGUGAUUUCUAUUGUGGGACUGCUGUUUUCGCAAGCACUUGCUAUGCUCAGCGUCUUCUUUGCUUGUGAGGUGAUGCCAACUGUCGUGCGAGGCGGUUGUCUCGGUCUCGUACUGGCAGCGGGCUGUGUCGGCAUGGCCGCCUCUUCUCUGAUGGAGCUCCAGAACAACGGGGGCUACUUCCUCCAUCACGUGAUCUUUGCCUCUUUCGCUGUCCUCUCCGUGCUGUGCAUCAUGCUCCUGCCAGAGAGCAAGCGCAAGCCGCUUCCGGACUCGCUGAAGGAAGGCGAGAGCCAGCGCCGGCCGCCGCUUUUCCCAUCCCAGGUGGACCGGGUCGACCUCCCAUUACUGCGCUCUCGACCGCAGCUGUCGGAGUACAACCCUGACAACUACUCUCGACUUGUCACUGCCACCAGGAAAAUGUUGACCAGAGAAAGCGUGCCUUACAGAAUCGCAGUUCGAACUCGUCUACGGUCUGAUAGUGAAGCACAGGGACAGGAAAGUGAACCACUGAGGGAAGGGCCUUAAAACUGAGUGGUCAUCUUUAAAGACGCCCCUGUCAACUUCUGUAUAACACUUGAAGCCAUCUCUGUGCCUGCUUAAUAUAUACUGUACAGUCGGAGCAAAUCAUUGAACUAAAAAUAACACAGCUUUGGUUUUCUGGGGGGAAAACAAUACAUUUGACAUCUCGUAUUUGCUAUGGCUGUUCUGUGUGAGAAGGCCACAUACAUGGAAACAAUUUGUGUGUCAACAAUGAUUCUCUCAGCUGAAGCACACUUGACCAUGUUCGUGCUGUUGGUCAUGUGAGCUGCAGCACUUUGUCCAUUUGCGAGCAACUCAUGCACUUUUCAUUAAGCCUGACAGUGUGACUCACCAGCGUCGCAGCCUGACUUUGUUUCCCAAAAAACAGUUAUGUUGAACCAAUAAGACUGCCGAUGUGGUUCAAAUGGUUUUGGAAACUGGGCCAGUUUAAUGGUUGUCUUGAAUUGUUGGUGACCGCAUGAUUGUGCCAAUCGACACACACUGAUGAAAGUCAGGCAUACUGCAUUUUCCUUUCUUUCAAGCUCUAAGGAGGUAUAGUUUCCUUUAACGUUGUCUAUCAAAGGUUUCACUGUUCAAUGUUGUUUACAUAGGAUCAAAUGGCUUGAAAUGAUGUUUGUAUUUCGAAUUUGGACUGUACUUGCUUCGUCAUUCCAUAUGACGAGUGAGGGCAUAUGUCUUGGGAUGAUACCUCGUUCAUCUUUCAGGCUUAGAAUCGGACCAGUCUCAGAUCCUCUCCCCCUGAUUUUGUCUGUCUCGUAUUGAAAAUGAAUAUGUUGAUUUUCAUGCUGCAUUUCCUAAAAGCCUAUAUCUCACAACACUGUAUUCAUAGUGCUGACUGGCCUUGUGAGAGUAGCAAGAGAAAGUUGAAAUUGUUUUUUUUUUUUAUGUGGGUGUGGGUGUGUGUGUGUGUGUGUGAGAAUAGAACUUUUUCUAAAGAAACAUUUGUGAGUGGUGUCAUUCUCCACUAGAUGACGCUCAUGUCUUCAAAAUACAGCCAUUUCACUUGGUCACAUCACACCAUUUUCAGAAAUUUUGGUUUCUUUAUGAUAGCAUCUUGCGAGGAAAGAGUAAGCCAGAUGAGUUGAUUUUUUUUUGUAUAUACUAUUCAAUUUAGCAACAUUUACAUUUGACAUUAUAUAUAUUUAUAUAUUCACUGACUUUGGAAAAAUCCAUAUGCAACACUCAGAUGAGUUUCUGAAGAGCCAGUGUUAUUAGGAGAGCCGCAAGGCUGAGUGGUGAGGGAGAAAUUCCACCUCUGGAGUAACCAGUACUUGUCCUACACGGGUUCUUCACCUCAUCAUAUGGGAUGGGAACAUCAUCCGGGCUCAGCUUUCUAAGACUUUCUGCGAUCUGACAAACAUGAAAAAAUAGGUCAAUUGCAAGGCAAUCCACUUUUUACACCAGGGGCAGGAAAACCAUCAUGUUUUUGUUUCAACUGAUCCAGCACAGAUAGUUUAACCAAUGAGGUUUGUGCUGAAGCAAGCAUCACCUGACUGCAAUCAAAUGAUUAUACUUGUAAAACUCCUGAUUGGUGAGAAGGUUCCCUCUUGAUCGGUUGGAAUAAAAACCACCAUCCACUGCACCCCUUUGUGGAAUCAUUUACCUGCCCCUGAUUACACGCACAGACAAAUUCCAUUCUUGAAUCAAGCGAACAAGCAUGUUUUUGGAAUGUGAGUCAAAUAAAGUGUACCCAGAGAAUACCCUAACAAGCGGGAAGUACGUGAGAUUCAAAUCCAGGACCACUUGACUGCAAGGGAGACAUAUUAAUCAAGAUAAUAUCAUUUUUUCCAUUUAAAAACUCUCAAAUUGCAAUUUCAAUAUGGUAAUCUAACAUCUGCCAAGACAUCUGCUUUAUAACCUAUUUUAUGUUUGCCUUUUUAUUACCCUAAUACAAUAUAAAGUUUACAGCCUUUUACUCCUUGGAUAUUUCUCUAAGAGCCACUGGUGUUACACAAGAGUUUAACAAGCAAGGUGGUACUUCCUAUGACUUGCUUAGACUUUUAUGAAGCCAUCAUCCAUCAGUAAAGUGCACAGCACUGCAUUUUUACAUGGGAUGUUUUGCAUGGGCCAGCACAGAGGAGUACUAGAGUCGUUAGCUGUCACAGUUGCUACUGUGGGAAUUUUGCAUAUUCUCCACUUGCCUGCAUGAGUUUUCAAUCAACCCUGUUCCAUAAACCUGUUCUAAAGGUAGUCAUACGGAUGUGGCUGAUUGUUCAUAGCAUAUACUGUAUGCCCUAUGAUUGGCUGGCCACCACUCAGAGUUUAUCCUAUUUCUUGCUCAAAGUCAGCCCGGCUCCAGCACACCAGCGCCAUAAAAGAGGGAUGUUUGCACUGAACUUGGAGAUUUCAAAAUAGUGGCAUAUGUUUGUGUGCAUCUGUGGCGCUCACCUCCUCCACUUUUUGGAAGACACGAAGCAAGUUGUCUCCCAAAGCAGCCUUGACCUCCUGAUCAGACCACCCUCGUCUAAGCAGCUCAGCCACCAGAUUGGGGACCUUUGACACGUCCUCCAGACCCUCUGGAACUCUGGCUCAGACAGGAUAACAGAUUUCAUUGAUCAUCACAUUGCUUUAUCACAUAAAUUGACUGCUAGUGUUCCAGGAUUACCUUUCGACGCCAUCAUAGUCACCACCGAAACCAAUGAUGCCAGCUCCAGCCACUUUCCUUAUGUGGUCAAAAUGAUCUGAAGUAAAAGCAAACAUUUAGUCGCACAUUGUCGUAAAGAAUAAAACAAUAUAGAAAGCUGUCUAAGCAUUUGACCUCUAUGGCAAUCUUUUUACAUCACCCCAGUAAGAUAAUUCUGCACCAACAGUAGUGCAUUAGUUCACUUAAAGUGCCUGUGACACAAAACAAACAUUUCAUUUUACAGUAGUAGUAUUUUAAGAUCCUGAAUGAAGUGGACUGCUUGGAUGUGUGCAGAAGCGAGCGAAUCAAAUUCAAAUUUUUGAAUCCCGCGCUACAAAAAUGAGAGACUUCCGGCCAAAGUCUCGGAUUGAGGAAGAAGGUUGAUGUGACGUAAUAGGGUGACAUCAUCAUCAUCACUAUACAGCCAUACUAUUGUAUGCAAAACUGCGGAUUCAGCUGAUUUUGCUGUUUAAUUUGUUUAUUUUUGCCAUCACGCCAGCCCAAUGUGCUGCAGGCUUUUCUUGCUACACCAGGGAGAUAAGUGUGAGCCUUUCAAGGUUUCCUUUUUUAGAUUUCCAAAAGAUCCUGUUCACCGCGAAGAAUGGGCAAAACAAGUCCGACAACCGAGGGACCAUUGGAUGGACGAGGAAGUCAGUAAGCUACGUGUUUUAUAUUGUGUCAAAUACUGGGAUCAUGGCACACGUUUUAAUAAGGAGGUGGCUUUCAUUUUGAGGGUGACAAUGCUCCCUGUCCUUCAAGAAGACAGGUGUGAUCACCUCCCUCGGCCGACGACCUGCGGCUUGUCGCACACCAUGGUCGCCGGCCAAUGUAGGUGGGAGCGCCCGUGCUCGGGCAGCCACGUGCUCUCGUCUCCCGUUCUCGAUUGUGUUGA